AGCAGCUGGACAGGCGGAGGACACAGCAGAGGGAGAGCUACUGCAGACCGUCACUUAGAGGCUUUCACCUGGCUGACAGAGAACACCUGGUCUCCAUGGCGACGGGCCGUUUGGUGGAGGUGUACCUGGACCUGCUGUCGCAGCCUUGCAGAGCCAUCCAGAUCCUGCUGAGCUGCACCAAGAUCCCGCACCGGGUCCACAGGGUGGCUCUGAGGAAAGGAGAACACAGAACUGCAGAGUUCUCCAAACUGAACCCGAUGCAGAAGGUUCCUGUCCUGGUGGACGGCGGCUUCGUCCUCACAGAGAGUGAUGCCAUCCUGAAGUACCUGGCCAAUAAGUACGACAUCCCUGAACACUGGUAUCCAUGGCAACCGGAGCGGCGAGCACGUGUGGACGAGUACGUGGCGUGGCACCACACCAACACCCGGCCGCACGCUGCCAAAGUCUUUCUGCUGGAGGUGCUGCUCCCGGCCCAGUUUGGUGCUCAGGUGGACCAGGACCGUCUGGAGCGUGCGCUGCUGGAGCUGGACGCCACGCUGGAUAAACUGGAGUCAAUGUUUCUCCGCCGGCAGCCGUUCCUUUGCGGCGAUGACAUCACUUUGGCCGACCUGCUCGCCGUGUGUGAGCUCAUGCAGCCUCUGGGAGGAGGGCGGGACGUCCUGAAGGACCGCCCUCAGCUGCAGCGCUGGAGGAGCCGCGUCCAAUCAGCACUCGGCGAGUCCUUCAACGAAGCUCACGCGGUGCUGUUUGCAGUCAGAGACCGCCGGCAGGCGAAGCUGUGACAUCACUGAGGGGGCGGAGCCUCAUCAGAGAUAGAGACAGGCUGGAUGACUUGCUGAGUUUGAUUAAAUUUGAAUUAUUUAACCCUAGCAAGCAGGAAGGUCAGAGAACGCUCGGCUCUGAUUGGCCUGAUGAGAUCAUGUGAUUCCCACUGAGAGCACUUUAAGAGUUUCUAAUGAAAGAUGAAACCAAUGAAUAUCAUAAAAAAAACAUUAACAGCCAUAAAAUGAAUAUUAACUUCCUAUCUUCAGAAGCCAGUGAAUAAAACAGGCAGUCCUGCGCGUUGCUCGUCAGAUCUGGGCUUUCCUGCAGGUUCUGUAAACGCUUCCUCUGACUGCAGGAGAUAGCGGUCUUCAGAUUAAUGGUAUAAAAAGUGCCUGGAUGGACGUCUGCGUGAGGUUCAUAUAAUAUCAAUAAUCUGUUAUAUUCAGCAGGUCAUGUUCACAUUUGACUUGUUCAGAAUAUCUUUGCUGUUUAUGGGUACAGGGUGACUGAUUAUUACUAAGGGAAUUAAUCCAGUUUACCUUCAUACUGAAGACAAUGAAAGCUUUUAUUUCUUAUAACGUUUUAAUAAUGAUAAAAAAAGGGUUCUGUGACAGGAGGCUCUGGCAUCUGUUGUCUGGAAGCUGAGCACGUUGUAAAUUUAUCACUGAUGUCUUCAGAGGAAAUAAACUUUAUUUUCAGCUGUUCUAAAGAAUGUUUUAGCUGCUGCAUA